UUAACGACGCAGCACUCGCUAAGGAAUUACAAGAAGAAUAUAAAAUUAUCAAUGAUGUAGAUUCUUUAGCUUUGGCGCUUCAGAUACAGGCCGAAGAAGACCUGGGAAGUAACCAAGAUCCCGACGAUCCAAAUCCUGAUAUUCAUGGUCUUUUUAUCGCUUUCGAUCAACAAUAUUUUUGGGGGAGUUUGAAAAGUGUUGAGGUUAGAUGGUCAAAUAAAAUGACAUUG